AUGUCUCAGCCAACCUCCGCCAAUGCCGCCCCCGCAUGGAGGCAAUUCCCGUUCUUUGACGUAGUUCCCGUGAAGGACAUUCACGAUCUGGGAAGUGCCCCUGAAGUGUUUCAGAAAACCCCAGAAAUCUCUACCAUUGCGACGUCCUCGGCUGGCCUCGUGGUAGCGGACAUUCAUGGCAGCAUCUACCUCGUCAACCGCGACUUUGAGAUAGGGAAGAGCUGGAUUGCGCAUACGGGCGGGCGGGUCACCCAUAUGGCGGAGCGCAAGGGAAUCCUCAUCACGCUUGGGGAAGAGGACACGGCGCGCCACCCAUUCCUCAAGAUAUGGGACCUGCAGAAGUUCGACAAGAAGACGGGGGCGCCGCUCCUACUGCGUGCAGCGAAGGUACAGAGCGGUAAUCGCCCACAUCCGGUUUCUGCCAUUGCGCUUUCCGCGUCAUUGGCGUACCUUGCCAUCGGUCUGGGCGACGGAACAGUCAUUCUAUAUCGACAUCUCGACCAGUCGAUAUACUCCGCGUCAGGCUCGCUCAGCACGCUCCCCAAACCUCGCAUCAUUCACGAGUCGCCGACGGAACCUAUCACAGGCUUGGGAUUCCGCGAACCGACUGAAGAUAGCCCAAACGUGCACCUCUUCAUCGUCACGACGAACAGAGUGUUGUGCUACCAGGCUUCGGGGAAGGGUAGCGGAGGCACUCCGACCGUCGUAGACGAGAUCGGCGCGGGUCUUGGGUGUGCGACUAUGGAUUGGAAGGCGCGCGAGGUCGUCGUCGCGCGCGACGAGGCAAUAUAUCUGUGCGGCACGGAGAGUCGCGGCCCCUGUUAUGCAUACGAAGGCCCCAAGUCGAGCAUAUAUACCCACCGGAACUACAUCGUCAUUGUAUCGCCUCCCUUCACCCCCUCCGCAUCAGCAGCCUCUGCGACUGUUAGGAAUUUUGUCGCUAAGAGCGGUGGGCCGUCCGGCUCGGACAUCACCAAGCUCACGGUGUUCGACCCCGAGAAUCAGUAUGUCGCGCACUCGGGCACGUUCACGGAGGGCGUCCGCGAGGUAUUUUCUGCGUGGGGUGAACUGUACGCCCUGUCGAAUGAUGGCAAGCUGCUGUGUCUCGAGGAGAAACCGACUUCGGAGAAGCUCGACAUGCUGUAUCGGAAAGGAUUGUACACGCUCGCGCUAAACAUUGCAGAGACGCAGAAGUUGGAUGAGGCCCACAUCGCGGACAUUCACAAGCAAUACGGCGACCACCUCUAUACGAAGGGCGACUACGAUAACGCGAUGCAGCAGUACAUCCAGACGAUCCGCCAUGUACAGCCGAGCUAUGUCAUCCGCAAGUUCUUGGACGCCCAGCGGAUACACAAUCUCGUGACGUACCUGCAGGAGCUGCAUUCUCUCGGACUAGCAAACUCGGACCAUACGACGCUGCUUCUCAAUACCUACACGAAGCUAAAGGACGUCGCGCGCCUCGACAGCUUCAUCAAGCGCGAAUCGUUGCGCACGUCCUCUGAAGGUGGAAAGGACGAGUUGCCGUUCGAUCUCGAUACCGCCAUCCGCGUGUGUCGCCAGGCGGGAUACUUCGAGCAUGCCUCCUACUUGGCGAAGAAGUACGAGCGGCAUGAGGACUACCUACGGAUACAGAUUGAGGACGCGGGAAACUACAAGGAUGCGCUGACUUAUCUUCGCCGACUGGGUGCUGAAGCUGCGGAGAGCAACCUCGCGCGGUACGGGAGAGCGAUGCUGGACAACUUGCCAGACGAGACGACCGAUCUCUUGAUCGACAUCUGCACGAGUCUAACCCCACUCUCGAUUGAGGCAGACGAAGAAGAGGUUACUCCUGCCAAACAAUCUGGCGGCGGCACAUCAUACCUUUCCUAUCUGGCGCUUAACAGGGCGUCGGUAGCCGAGCCUAACACGCAGACCAACGGUACGAAGGCUCCAGAGCCCAUCGCCCGACAGGACUCCGUGCAUGAAGCCUCACAGACGUCGACGCCCCCACCGGCGACGCCUACCACUGCGACCGCCGCCAAACAGCUUGCAAGCAGUGUGAAGCGUCCGUCCCCGCGUCUGUACUUCGCACACUUCGUCGACCAUCCCCAACACUUUGUACGCUUCCUCGAGACCGUCUCGCGCAAGCGGUGGGGCCAGACCGUCGAGAACACGUCCGAGCCGCUCGCAGUCGAGGCCGACCCGGACGCAGACGCACAGGCGGAGGCUCGCGACCAAGCCGCGGUGUGGAACACCCUCUUCGAGCUGUACCUCGCGCAGCCCGGCGGCGGCGAUGCGAAGGCGCUCGCGGUGCUGCAGAACACGCGGCUGCCGUACGACCCGACGCACGCGCUGAUCCUGUGCUCGACGCGCGCGUACACGCCUGGGCUCGUGCUGCUGUGGGAGCGCAUGGGCAUGCAGGAGGACGUGUUGCGGUUCUUCAUGGACCGCGAGCUGGAGGGCGACGCGGACGCGAGUGCGGAGGUCGUCCGCCGCCUGGACCAGUAUGGGCCUGGGCGGCCGCAGCUGUACCCGCUGGUGCUGAGGUUCUUGACGAGCACCCCGGCGCUGCUUGCGAAGCAUAGGGAGGACGUGCGGCAGGUUUUGAAGGUGAUCGAUGAGGAGAAGUUGAUGCCUCCGGUUAGCGUUGUGCAGGUGUUGAGCAGGAACAGUGUCGCGAGCGUCGGGCUCGUGAAGGAGUGGCUGAUGUCGCGGAUCAAGAGCGCGCGGGAGGAGGUUGACACCGACCAGAAACUGAUCACAUCGUAUCGCACGGAGACGGAGGCGAAGCUGCGGCAGGUCGAGGAGCUCUCGGACCCAGACCACCCGCGCGUGUUCCACGUCACGCAGUGCUCGGCGUGCCAGGGCGGCCUCGACCUCCCCGCGGUGCACUUCAUGUGCAACCACAGCUACCACCAACGGUGUUUGCCGCAGAACGAAACGGAGUGCCCGAACUGCGCGCGCGAGCACGGGAUCAUCCGCGAAAUCCGGCGGAACAACGAGCGGCUUGCGGACCAGCACGAGCUGUUCUUGUCGGAGGUGCGCGAGGGCGGUUUAGACGCGUUGUCGACGGGGUUCAGUCGCGGAGUGUUGAAUCUGUCCAGGGUGGAGGAGGCGGGCAGUCUAUGA